AUGACGGAAUACGAUGCCAGUCAUCAACAGAACGACCUGUUACGGCCCCCUGGACAUCGAUACCCCUCGCCGUCUACCUCCCGUGGUCAAGAUCGCCAUGACGCUCUGGGCAGUCUAGAGACCGGGGGAUCGAGCCAUUCUGGCAGCCUUAUAAACAGCACCUGGACGACCGACGCAACCCUCGCCCAGCGACCCUCCCACGAUGGCUCACUCCCCGAUGCCCACUCGAACGAACGCCGUGCGAGGGAUCACAGGAGCUCUCGCCGCCAGAACAAACCGCAGUCGCACAAGCACAAGUCGACCGGCGCCUUCCUCCUCUCCGACCCCUUUGACGAGCCAGGUGCAGAUGACCUUCGUCCCCGCAAGAACAGAGGCCGAAGUACGGGGGACAAGAACAAGGACAAGGAGACGACGCCAAGACAUAGCCAUGAGCAUGCGCCAGGUACGAGACAGUCAGGAGUCGGCCUGGGUCUGCCUUCAGAUCUCAAGAAGGGAAACGGCUCUGCAGCACAGUCACCAGGCACGCCGCCCAGGCACCUAGGCACGGACAGGAGGUCGGCGGAGCUGCUGCAGGUCAGUCCUGGCAUGGGUUCCUCGCACUCGUCGCCAUCUUCUGUGGACAUGGACUCAACACAAAUCGUGAGCAUGGCGUUGAACCUGAGUGAGGGUAGGCGUCUGGCGCAGAGGAGGAUCUUGUCUCAAACCUUGCCUCCCAGGCUCGCGCCUUUGCCUACCGAUAAUACCGUGGCCGGCACCCUGAGACAGCAGCUACAGCAGCAGAGGAGGGUGUCAAGAACGGCGUCUCCGGGCCACGAAAAGGGAUCUGGCGGGCGAGCAGUCUCGAGCGGGAAGUCGGCUGCCGCGCUGCAGCCAGCCUUUGAGCCUGCGGCCACCGAGGGCAGCUACCAGUACAACUUUUCGAGUUCGACCUGGGCAAGGGCGCAGAAGGCCAAGGACUACAUGGAACUUCUUGCGCAGUACCGUCGGGUUCUCGAUUUGCUACCGCCACUCAAGCCGAACUCGCUCUCCAAGGUUCCGACCAGCGAGCUUUCGCCUUCUAUGCCCAUGAGUCUGGACACCGUCAAUGCCACGGGCCAGAUAGGUCGUCCAUACGACCCCCUGCAGUACGUCAGAAAUCGAAAGGUCAGGGCGCGGGAGAGGCAGACCAUCGAUGGUGAGAGCCAGGGCUUCGGCGACGUGAGCAGGGUCACAGACUGGGUCGACGACGUCGCCAAAUGGGUUGCGACUCGCCAGAUUCGUACACCAGGAAGUGCAGCUCUGCCUCCGUUCUCCGGCGCAGAUGUAUUCUCCAUGGACACUUCGCCAUCUACCCACGUUUCUCGAUCGGCAGCUCCGAUCGUAAAACCGAAGCGACCCCGGAAUGACUGGAUGAUUGAGCCUGCAGACAUGCUAGCAGAUAUCUACUGGCUCGAACAAGAUGACCACAAACGACUGGUCGAGGAUCGUCACUGGCGGCGCGUCUUUCCUCAGGACGCUGACCUAUAUCGACCAUUAUCGCGCUCUACGAAUGAUGCGUCACCAGCGCUCGGGCUCACAUCCUCACCGGCCCAACAGGCUAUUGAAACGGAGCAAUUCUCUGGGAGACCCCUCAGCGACGUUAAGAUGUACAAAGGGGAAUCCGAGCAGGUUCCGAGCAGCACACGUGGGAAGGCCCGCCAGAAGUUGCAGGAGAUUAGAGGAUUGCAUCGCCACAGCGCCGCGCAUGGUGACAAGCACCACCACCACCACAGCCGUCUCCGAGGCCGGAGUGAUUCUACGUCAAGCUCUUCCAACUCGGACAGCCAGGAUCGCAGCCGGAAGAGCAUGUCUGGAGACACAGGCAGAGACAUACUGGAGAAGCAAAUGAUGGAGAUGAUGGCCCGAGAGGCGCAAGAGACCAAAGAAGAUGAUUUAAAACUUGCGCAGGAGCCGGAGCUCAGACGGCUGAGGACCCAGCCAUCGGAUAUCAUUAGCCAAUCCCAAAUCACCACUCCACCGGACUCAACGGCCGUCAGCCGUCAGCACAGUCGCAGGGGAUCUCGAAUCGAUACCAGCGACGCCGACGAAAAGAAGUUUGUUGUUGGAUCGGGCGCAGGCUCUCCUCCGCGUCUUGGCCGAGAGAGCUUGGAAGUGCCUCCGUUUCAACGGGGACGGAGGAUGUCCAUUGGAUCCGAGUCCUCUGCUCCAAACUCACCUGACAUUCGAGCCUCGCGCCGGGACAACUACUUCAUCCCUGCCAUUGGUGCGGAUCUAUCACCAGCCUCUAGUCGGGCUGGCUCGCCUUCGAGAAAUCCACUGUCGAGGGUCAAACAGAUCUUCCGCGAUCGCAGUCGAGACCGAGCUCCAGAGCGCUACCACGAAGCCUUGUCGAGCGAGAAGGAGAGCUCUGCGGAGCUUGUGUCUUCAAACCCGCCUAGCAGGAUAUCCAGCCCUCCUGAACUGUUCGACAGGUGGCAAACGCACUCCAGGACCAACUCUGUCGGGCCAGACGUGAAGCUUACCACACGUACCACUGGAGACAGUCACAAGUCUCAUCGCAAGUCCAACAGUAUUCGACUGGAUCCAGGAUCUGGUCUACGAAGCCUCUUCAAAGGGCCUCGCAUCGACAGCGUCUUGAAAUCCGGGGUUUCGAGGAUGAGCGAGUUACUGUGGAAGAAGGAAUCGGAAGCAGAGGACUCGGACUCUUCAACCUCGCUGUCGGGUGAAUCAGACGAUGAAACCCGCGGUAGGCGCAGGCACCCGAACUCGCUGUCUCCCACACCUUCUUUGAGGGGAUUGCCCGGCCAGAUGAAGCAUGAGAAGCAUUACUUGGAUGUCAUGCCACCUUUUGUUUCUUCGUCAGAACAAAGAGGCAACGACCACAGUCGCAGUGACUCUCUUUUUGCGCCGCUCUCGAAGCCGACCAGCAAUCGGUCUACUCGCUUCGAGAUAUUAAAACCACCGCGCAUCGACAUAUCCAUGGCUUCCGACACGGCUGAUCCAGGAGACCAUGCAGUGGAUGGUCUGGACUCGGAAGCACGUGUAGACCGCAUUCGCGAGGUUCAAAGUGCCGGAGACAGACGGCCGAGCCUCUCGAUACGCCCGCCUAAUGGGCGUGAGAAGAGCUUCUCAACUGAGCAUACUCCGAUCUCGAGACGCGAGGUCGCCCGCCUUCGCGCCAUGGUCCUCAGCUCUGGCGUCAUGGCCAUGGAAAUAUCCCGCCGAGCCCACCGGCCUACGAUCUUGACGCCCAACGCUUCCAACGACAACGCCCAAGUCCUCGAGGCCCUCGGAAACAAGGUCUCCUGGCCCGAGAUCGCCUCCCUGGCCCCUGAUGACCAACGCGACGAGCUUCUCUCCGAGCCUGUCUCCCAGGCCGAUCUCUUUCCAGUGACAGCUGACGUCCUCCGCACCGCGAUCCGCUCCUCGCGCGAGAGCUGGAAGUCUGAGGCGGAGGCCUUCAAGCACCACACACGGGCUGAACUGAUUGAAGGCCGCAUCGAGUCCCUCCGCGCGCGCAUCCAGCUCGACCUGAGCUCCAUGACGCGCGCCGCUGCAGAGGAGGCGGACGAGGUGGGCGGAGACCUGGUGGAUGGGCAGAGGCUCAAGGUGAAGGUCGUUGUGGACGGCAUCGAUAAGCUCUCUCGACGGCGGCGGCGGCGUUUCCGCUGGGUUAGGCGCGCGGGCUGGCUGGCGGUCGAAUGGGCGCUCGUCGGGUUCAUGUGGUACGUUUGGUUCGUGGUGAUGAUCGCGCGGAUCGUCCUGGGCAUUGGCAGGGGUUUCGUUGGAGGAGUAAGGUGGUUGCUGUGGUUGUGA